UACAGGGUGGACUUUUGUCACACAUUUAUCAAAAAGCAGCGCUGGCAGUUGCAGCAGAAUUGCCUGUCACAUGACUGUGUACACGUACCGGCAUGGACAACCGUUGUUUUUGUUGUGCGUCAAAGUUCAGCCUCUUCAAGAAGGAGCUGGGCUGUAAGAAUUGUGGCCGCUCCUUCUGCUCCAGCUGUCUGACUUUCAGUGCUGUGGUCCCUCGCUGGGGCACCGCCCAACAGAAGGUGUGUAAACAGUGCCAUGGCAAUCUGACAAGUGGACAGCCUCAAAACAGUGCCGGAAGAUGGUCUCCUCCUGAAAACUACAAAAAGCGAGUCGCUGCUUUUGAGGCCAAACAGCCAGGACCAUCAACACAGUCUCUUGCACAUGGAGGUACUAGUAGACCAAGCAAAGUAGGGCAUCUGCCAGCCAAGGGCCUGAGUAAAGAAGAUCAGGCUAUUGCUGAAAGACUUCAGAAGCUCAAAGAGGAAACUGCCCCAAAGUCUAUCCCCUCUGAAAAAGAGAUUGAAUCUCGCCUUGCUGCUCUAAAAGCUCCGAGUCAGACGGUGCCUUCUGCAGAGGAGAUGGAAGACCGUUUGGCAGCUUUACGUGGCCAACCUCCACCAUCCCAAGCCCCUCCACCUGUGCACCAGCCUCCGGAUAAAAGGACACAGACUGAACAAGCCAAUGAUCUCCUUAGACAGGUGACGGACGAGGUUGCCAUUGAUGACCAGCAAGCAAAUCCUGAUUUCAUUGCUCUCCCUGCAGAUGUUGCAGGCCGCAUGAACGAUCUUAACAGGGGGGAAGAAGGAAUACUAGAUGAGAAUCUGGAGGAGAACCAGGAUGCCCAACAGCAGCUGGAGUCUGAAAAGGCCCGUCUGCUAGAGGAGGCCAUGGAGGAGCUGAGGAAGGAGCAGCAUUCGCAGGAUCAGAUCCUGCACAUGGCCAAGAGGUUGGCCCAGUUGAAGGGGCAGGACCCAGAUAAAAUUACCAUGGAGAAUUUCCAGCAUCCUGACAGUGAGGAGGAGACUGAAGAGGAAGCUGUAACAAGAGUGUUAAAGCAGCUCUCAGAAGAAGCUGCUCUUGAUGAGGCCAGUGGCUAUAACAUACCUUUUGAACAGUGUGGACCAAGGAACACAGAAAAGAAGAAAACCUCAAAGAAACUGACACAGGCUCCGGGACCCAAGAGCAGGAUUUCACCAGCUGCCGUAACACAUCAGCCCUCAGACAGUGAUGAAGACGAACUCCCGUGGUGUUGCAUCUGUAAUCAUGAUGCCACGGUUCGCUGCCACACCUGUGACGGGGACCUUUACUGCAACCGCUGCUUCAGGGAAGGCCAUGAUAAAUAUGACAGGAUGGAGCAUCGCACUACAAACUACACUGCGCCAAAGAAGAAGAGGAAGACAUGAUAGUUAAGCUGUGUCGUACAUGUUUGCCAUAUCAGGCUGUUGACAGUUAUUAUCCUUAGACUUGUGCUUUGGCCUUAAGUGACUUAACAUACAUAGCUUUGAAAAAAAGAAGAAAAAGAAACAUGUUUCUCAAAAUAUCUGCCUGCCACCUGUUAUUUACAGCGACCCAUAACACCUCAUUUUAACCUCUCAUUCAAUCUUUCAAAAUGAUCUGUCAUCACGUAGACAACAGAAAGGCUAGCAUUUGUGUCCUGUAAUUUAAAAAACACUAAUGUAGAUGAACUGAAUAACUAAAGUACGUAUGUGUAAGAUGUAGUUCAACAAAUUUAAUAUGUGGAAGAUGUUCUCUUAUUUUCCCCAUAAUGUAUAAAAAAAUAAGUGAGACGGCUGCUCAAAAGUGUUUCUAUUUUAGUAAAUCUUUGUAGCUUCUGCAUGAAGUAAAUGCACAAUUCAAGAUUAAGUUUUAUUUCUGUCACUCGCUUAAAGGCAACAAAGGCUCAUCUCAGACUCUUUAAAUAGAAGACAGACAUGUCAUGAGCUCAUCUGGGAUGAUGUAUAGUCCCAGACAACUGUCGUGCAGUCAGUAUAAAAGGAUUACUGAUGGAUUUGUUUUCACUCCUGUAAUCUAUGUUUGGCUGUGAGUCUGACAUGAUUGUUGCCUGUCGUGUCCUCGUGUUGUAAUGUCAUUAUAAAAGAAUUGAACGUG